AUGUGUCAAAUAAAUUAUGAAUUUGUUGUAAAAUUUAAUUCAUAAAAAUUUGAUUUUGUCGGAAAUAGUCAAAGCAUUGCAAAAUCAGGAACCCAUUUCAAAUGACUAAAUGACUUCAUGGUGUGUUUAGAUAAAAUUUCCAACCGAAAUGUUACAUCAGGUAAAGAAGUUUUUAUUUACUAAAUCGUUACAGAAGCAAUUCUCGCGAUACUCACACGUCGAAAAUCCUAUUCUUUACCCAUUAGAAAGUCGAAAGUUAUUAAAUAUCGCUGGAAAAGAUGCUGGUGUAUACCUACAAGGUCUUAUUACUAAUGACAUGAGACAUUUUGAGGAAGGUGCGUCGUCGAUUUAUGCUAUGUUUUUAAAUACCAAGGGCAGGGUACUCUACGAUGUUUUGAUUCAUAAAUGGAAUACUGACGAUUCGUUCCUUCUAGAAUGUGAUAAAAAUGUUAUUAGUCACAUACAGAAACAUUUAAAAAUGUACAAAUUAAAGAGACUAGUGGAAAUAACUGAUUUGAGCAACGAGUACAAAAUACAUGCUUUAGUACCAAAUUUGAAUAUUGGUGUAGUUACUCCAACACACAAUGUUAAUAUAUAUAAAGACCCUAGAUUGCCUGAACUUGGGAUGAGGAUUAUAUCACCAAUGUCAAUAACACAUUCUGAAUUAAUAAAAAUUCCCACAAAAGAUAUUCAAAUUAAGAAUAGUGAAGAGGGAUACAAGUGUCUCAGGUAUAAAUUGGGUGUAAGUGAAGGAUCUGAAGAUUUACCGCCUGGAGUAACCUUUCCUUUGGAAGUGAACUGUGACUAUCUUCAUGGUGUUAGCUUCCACAAGGGUUGUUAUAUUGGACAAGAACUGACAGCACGAGUUCAUCAUACAGGAGUUGUAAGGAAAAGAAUAAUGCCAAUUAAGUUUACACAGGCAGUGGAUAGCUUAGAUAAAGAUUCUACAAUAAAUGCUAGUGAGAAUCCUAAAUCAACUAUAGGAAAAUUAAAAGGUUACAUACAAAAUUAUGGACUGGGUCUAAUUAGGGUAAAGGAAGCUUUAGAAGCAAAAUCAUUAGUAAUUGGAAGUUACACUGCAGAAGUAUUAAAACCUACUUGGUGGCCUAUGGAAGCACCAAAAGACAAAGCAACUGUUGUAAAGGCUGAAUAAUGAUAACAAUGACAGACCAGAAAGAAAAACCCACAGAAGAAUCGGUACAAGUCCUUCAUGAAUUCAAAUGUUCAUCAUGCAAUAUAAAUGAAAAAGCCCAUUACAAAGGCACUAAUCCUCCAUUCUCCCGUAAUAUUGUCUUAAAAUAUCCAAGUUAUGUAAUGAAGGAUCCAUUCAGUCCUCCGGGUAAAGGUGAAAUAUUAGUGCUUGGAGCAGAUUGUAAUAUCUGUGAAAAAUCUGUGUGCAUAAGUAAAAACUGUAGUAUUUUUUACCACAAAACAUAUUGUUUGGAUUGUGCAUAUCAAAACGUUGAUAGCUUUCCUAUUGAAAUUAAGAAUAAAGUGCAAUGCCAAAGA